CGAGCGGCGAGUCGUAAGUUUUCCGUGGUGAUAUUGCGCUUAUCUUGCAGGGUCCAGAUAUCUUCGUUAUCUUCUGGACACGACCUACAAAACCGCAGCCCCCUGCAGCACCAGUGAUAUACUCUCACUACCGAUUGCAUGAAUACUCGGUAUUGAGCAAUGGGCACUAGCAACCUUAGUCACUAUGUGUUGAAAUUUACCUGAUUGGUCAUUGCCAUGUGGCAAGCAAGCACAUCAUCAAGGCCCGGACAAAUUUUUCCUCUUCUUCCUCUCCUCUCGAACACGAACCGUUGGCUCGAAUCCGGGUGGAGAGGAAGACGACGACGAGAACCGCUACGUCCUGAAUCCAUUCUUUGCUAUCAACCAUGUCUACGACCCGUCCCGCGUUGUCGCGCACAUCCAGCACACUGUUUCCGACGCCUCUAGCGACUGCACCCUACGCCCAAAAUAAUAAGUCGACGUUGUCUGGUGAUGACGCUGUCCUUGAACUAGGCGAUGGAUCCGCUUUUAAAGGUAUUAGUUUCGGUGCAGAGGGAACGAGCGUAGCAGGCGAAUGCGUUUUUCAGACCGGUAUGGUAGGCUACACGGAGUCUUUAACUGACCCGUCCUACGAAGGACAGAUCCUCAUCCUGACUUAUCCUCUCGUCGGCAACUAUGGUGUGCCCAAACGGCCGAGCGCCACCUCCGACCUCCCAGCCGAGUUCGAGUCUUCUCGCAUCCAUGUAACCGCUGUCGUGGUCGGCAACUACUCCAAGGAUUUUAGUCACUUCCUCGCGGAGUCGUCGCUGAGCGACUGGCUCAAAGAAAACGGGGUACCCGCCAUUUACGGCGUCGACACCCGUGCCCUCACCAAAAAGAUCCGAGAGAAAGGCUCCAUGCUAGGGAAAAUUCUCACCAGGAGGCCGGAAGUGCCAUUGGGUCGGAGGUUAUCGCUGAACCCUGUGUCUUCGCGGGCGUCCUCUCCACAUACUACGGCUUCUUGGAGAGAAGAUUACAUCGACAUUCCUUUCCAGGACCCUAACCAGAUCAAUCUCGUCGCAGAAGUAUCAAUCAUAGAGCCACGGCUUUACACACCGACUGUCACUCCACAUCUACACCCUUCAGGCAGACCAAUCCGCGUUCUAGCCAUCGAUGUUGGCAUGAAAUACAACCAGAUUCGUUGUUUCAUCAACAGAGGCGUCGAGCUCAAGGUUGUUCCUUGGGACUACGAUUUUCUACGUGAGUCAGAGCCAUAUGAUGGCAUCUUCAUCUCGAACGGACCCGGCGACCCGUCAUUACUCUCUUCGACCAUUGCUAGGCUCUCGGAAGCCAUGAAAAGGGCCGAUAAACCUAUUUUUGGCAUUUGUCUUGGCCACCAGCUCCUCGCCCUUGCGACAGGCGCGAAGACCUCCAAGAUGAAGUACGGAAAUCGAGGUCACAACAUUCCUUGUACAGACAUGCUUUCGGGUCGUUGUUAUAUCACCAGCCAGAACCAUGGUUUCCAGGUGGACACGCCAACGCUACCGGCUGGAUGGAAAGAACUGUUCCGAAAUGCCAACGACGGAAGCAACGAGGGUAUCUAUUGCGAAGACAAGCCAUUCUUCUCCGUUCAGUUCCAUCCGGAGUCGACUCCUGGACCGCGCGACACCGAAUUCUUGUUUGACGUCUUCAUUAAAAACAUCGUGGACUGUGCCACCACUAUCUCGCUCCCCGGUGGGAAGAAAGAGGACAACGACAAACGUGUUCCCCGUGCCAAUGUCACCAAGGUCAUCAUUCUUGGGUCCGGAGGCCUGUCCAUUGGUCAAGCGGGCGAGUUUGAUUAUUCUGGAUCUCAGGCGAUCAAGGCACUCAAGGAGGAAGGGAUUUACACGAUCAUGGUGAAUCCCAACAUCGCUACCAUCGCUACGUCCAAAGGUCUGGCCGACAAGGUGUAUUUCCUCCCAGUCACGCCAGAGUUUGUCCGGAAAAUUAUCAAGUACGAGAAGCCAGAUGGUAUCUACGUCACAUUUGGUGGCCAGACAGCUUUGAACGUUGGUAUCAAGCUGAAGGACGAAUUUGCGGAGCUUGGGGUGCAAGUGCUGGGAACGCCUAUCGACACGAUCAUUACCACAGAGGAUAGGCAGUUAUUCGCGAGUGCCAUGGCCGAGAUUGGGGAGAAGUGCGCAGAGAGUUGUACUGCUGUCAACCAGGAGGAAGCUAUCAAUGCGGCAAGGACCAUUGGGUUCCCCGUCAUUGUCCGCGCUGCUUAUGCAUUGGGAGGACUGGGGUCCGGCUUUGCGCAGGACGAAGCCCAACUCAAGGCGCUGUGUAGCAAGGCUUUCGCUACUAGUCCUCAGGUUCUGGUGGAAAAGAGUAUGAAAGGAUGGAAGGAGAUCGAGUACGAAGUGGUCAGAGACUGUCGCGACAACUGCAUCACGGUCUGUAAUAUGGAGAAUUUCGAUCCCUUGGGAAUCCAUACUGGUGAUUCAAUCGUCGUAGCCCCUUCGCAAACGCUUUCAGACUCGGAUUACAACAUGCUCCGGACAACUGCCAUUAAUGUGAUCAGACAUCUUGGCGUUGUUGGUGAAUGUAACAUUCAGUACGCUCUCAAUCCCAGCUCCCAGGAGUACUGCAUCAUCGAGGUUAAUGCACGUCUGUCUCGAUCAUCGGCUCUUGCAUCGAAAGCUACUGGCUAUCCUCUUGCUUUCAUUGCCGCGAAGCUCGGUCUGGGUAUUCCUCUCAAUGAAAUCAAGAACUCGGUCACAAAGGUCACUAGCGCAUGCUUUGAACCCAGCUUGGAUUAUGUAGUCGUCAAGAUUCCACGAUGGGACUUGAAGAAGUUCAACCGUGUUAGUCGCCUUCUUAGUAGUAGCAUGAAGAGUGUUGGUGAGGUCAUGAGCAUCGGGCGAACAUUUGAGGAGACGAUUCAGAAGGCUAUUCGAGCUAUCGACGACCAGUUCUCAGGGUUUGCGAAGAACGAUUUCGUGGAGGAUAUCGACGAAGAGCUUGUUAAUCCGACAGAUAAGCGUAUAUUCGCCAUCUCAACCGCUUUCCAUCGUGGCUAUAGCAUCGACAAGAUCUGGCAAAUGACCAACAUCGAUAAAUGGUUCCUGGCCAAAUUGAAGUACAUCUAUGAUAUGGAAGUGCUUUUGGGUGGGUAUGGUGUUUCGACUUUGACUCCGGAUAUUCUCCGUCAAGCGAAGCAGCUUGGAUUCUCAGAUAGGCAACUUGCUACUUGUGUGGGAUCUACAGAACUCGCUGUACGCACGCUUCGCAAGGAGCAAGGAAUAGCCCCCUUCGUGAAACAGAUCGAUACCGUCGCUGCUGAAUUCCCGGCAUUCACUAACUAUCUAUACACGACCUACAAUGCAGUGGAGCACGACAUUUCCUUCAAUGAUCGUGGUGUCAUGGUGCUGGGGUCUGGAGUGUACCGCAUUGGUUCGUCCGUCGAGUUCGAUUGGUGCGCUGUCCGGGCCAUCCGGACUCUUCGCGAUCAAGGGCUGCCCACCAUUAUGGUCAAUUACAAUCCUGAGACCGUCAGUACCGACUACGAUGAGGCCGAUCGUUUGUAUUUCGAGAACAUCAGUUUGGAGACCAUCCUCGAUAUCUAUGACGCAGAGCAAUCUAGGGGUGUCAUCCUCUCAAUGGGUGGACAAACACCCAAUAACAUCGCUCUGCCACUGUACCGCGAAAACGUCAAGAUUUACGGGACGUCGCCAGAGAUGAUUGAUACCGCUGAGAAUCGGUUCAAAUUCUCGCGUCUCUUGGACGAGAUUGGUGUGGACCAACCGUUAUGGAAAGAGCUCACGAGCUUCGAUGAGGCUUACGCAUUCUGCGAGAAAGUGGGUUACCCCGUCUUGGUCCGACCAUCAUAUGUCCUGUCUGGAGCAGCUAUGAACGUCGUAUCUACUGGGGACGAUUUGCAGAACUAUCUCACGCAGGCCACUGCAGUCUCCCGUGACCACCCCGUUGUCAUUACUAAGUACAUCGAGCAAGCGAAGGAAAUUGAGAUGGACGCUGUUGCUAAGGAUGGCAAGAUGGUCAUGCACUACAUCUCCGAACAUGUAGAGAAUGCUGGCGUGCAUUCUGGUGACGCUACUUUGAUACACCCACCUCAAGAUUUGGAUCCCCAAACCGUGCGACAGAUCGUGGAUGCCACUGCAAAAAUCGGGAAUGCGCUCAAUGUCACAGGGCCGUUCAAUAUCCAGUUUAUCGCAAAGAACAACGAGAUCAAGGUCAUCGAGUGCAAUCUUCGAGCUGCGAGAUCCUUCCCAUUCGUCUCGAAGGUGACCGGUAUUGAUGCUAUCGAGAUGGCUACCAAAGUUAUGCUUGACCUUCCCGUUGAAUCGUAUCCGGAAUCGGAUCUUCCUCCCGAUUAUGUGGGAGUCAAGGUCCCACAAUUCAGCUUCAGUCGAUUGUCUGGUGCCGAUCCUGUUCUCGGAGUAGAGAUGGCGUCAACAGGAGAAGUCGCAUGCUUUGGUCACGACAAAUACGAGGCGUACCUCAAGGCUCUUAUUUCCACCGGAAUUGUGCCCCCGAAGAAAAACAUUCUUUUCUCGAUUGGUAGUUACCGAGAAAAGCUGGAACUACUUCCGUCAGUCCAAAAGUUAAGUGCCGCAGGAUACAAUAUCUUCGCAACAUCUGGUACUGCCGACUUCUUGACAGAACAUAAUGUUUCUUGCAAGUAUCUGGAGACCCUUGGUGAAGACAACCGGGCCAAGCAAAAGUCCGAAUACUCCCUCACUCAGCACCUCGCGAAUAAUCUUAUUGAUAUGUAUAUCAAUCUCCCAUCUAAGAACCACUAUCGGCGACCAGCUAGUUACACCAGUAAAGGCUAUCAUACUCGGAGGAUGGCAGUGGAUUUCGCUGUCCCUCUUAUCACAAACGUCAAAAAUGCCAAAAUGCUUACUGAAGCCCUCGUCAGGAAGCUACCACUAGACGUAUCGACUGUCGAUUCGAAGAGCUCCCAUCAAACCCACACUUUCCCCGGAUUGGUUAGCAUUGCGACAUUUGUGCCCAGUCUUGUGGAACCAGGAAGCAAGGAUCUCGAAGAAGCAACAGAAGCAUCACUUAGCGCAGGAUUUACAACUGCCAUUGUGAUUCCGAUAGGUCAUAGCACCCGGAUUACGGAUCGUGCGUCAUUGGAUGUAGCUAGAGCGAAUCUCAAGGGCUCUGCUCAUUGUAAUUUUGCGCUCACGCUCGCUGCAUCGGCACAGAAUGUUCAGAGCUUGGACGACGAAUUGCAAGCCGAAGCUAAAGCCCUCUUCAUCCCCUUCAACAUUGACCAUGUCACCAUCUCACUCUCUGCAGUCGCUGCUCACUUCACAUCGUGGACGUCCGAUAAGCCCGUUGUCACGAACGCAAAAGGAUCCGACCUUGCGUCUGUACUGCUUUUGGCAAGCUUGCACAACAGAAGCGUUCACGUCACCGAUGUUCUCACGAGCGACGACUUGCUGUUGAUUUCUCUCAGCAAGGCUAAGCAGCUGAAGGUCACAUGCGAUGUGUCUGUAUACUCGUUGUUCUUCAACCGUUCCCAAUUUCCCAAGUCAACAUGUCUGCCAACUAUAGAAGAUCAAAAGGCGAUAUGGUCGAAGCUCGAAACGAUCGAUGCCUUCUCUGUUGGUGCAACCCCUUAUCUUUUGGCCACAGAAGAGGGAGAAACGACUUCGUCGUGGUCAGGCAUGGAGGAAACGCUGCCCCUUCUGCUCACUGCAGUAGCAGACGGGCGUCUCACACUCGAGGAUAUCCGUCUUCGCUUGCAUGAUAACCCGGUUCUCAUCUUCGGACUUCCUGAGCAGUCCAACACCACCGUUGAAGUGGUUGUUGGCCGUAAAGCUCCAUUCGGAAAACGGGAAACAUGCUGGUCACCAGCAGAGAAAGGUUUCGUUACGGGUGCUAUCCAUAGAGUCAUUGUGCACGGCCAGACGGCUUUCCUAGAUGGCGCCUUGACUUCAUCGCCCAACGGUAAAGAUAUUUCGAGCGCGACAAUUACCCACCCUUCCGCAGCAGCUUUGGUGUCUCCAGCACUGAAGGCAGCGGAGCCCGCCUCCUUGGGAGCUAUCGCAACGCUUCCUAUGGGCCCGCCUAUGGCUCCGCCGGGGCACCCUACGAUACAAGGCUCGGCUGUAUGGAAUAUCUCUUCCCAUCUCCUUCCCCAUCCGUCGUUCCAUCGUCGGCACAUCCUCUCCGUAAAGCAAUUCACCCAUCGGGACAUGUAUGACUUGUUCUCUCUUGCUCAUGAGAUGCGUCUGCAGGUCGAGCGUAACGGGACUCUCGACGUCCUGAAAGGAAAAGUGCUAUGCACCGCAUUCUAUGAACCCUCGACACGGACUAGCUCGUCGUUUGAUGCUGCCAUGAAACGGUGCGGUGGACAGGUUGUCCAGAUCAGUGCGGAUAACUCUUCCGUCAUGAAGGGCGAGACGUUACCGGACACGAUCAGGACUCUUGCUUGCUACGGUGAUGCUAUUGUGAUACGGCAUCCGGAUGUUGGCAGUGCACAGUUGGCCGCAAAGUUCUCUCCGGUUCCUAUCAUUAAUGCAGGGGAUGGAAUUGGGGAACACCCUACACAGGCGCUAUUAGAUGUGUACACCAUUCGAUCGGAACUGGGGACUGUCAAUGGACGCACCAUCACUCUUUUGGGUGAUCUCAAGAACGGGCGUACAGUCCACAGUCUCGUCACCCUGCUUAGUCUAUAUUCUGUCCAGCUCAACUUCGUAUCACCUCCGUCGCUUGCUAUGCCUGCCAACGUGGUUUCUGCUGCUCGGAAAGCUGGCAUACCAGUCACGAUAUGCGAGUCCCUAGAGGAAGUUUUACACGACACUGAUGUGCUAUACGUGACGCGCGUUCAAAAGGAAAGAUUUGAAACCGAGGCAGAGUGGUUGCAAGUGAAAGAUGCUUACCGUGUAGACCAUGCCGUUCUGUCAAGAGCCAAAGAAGAUAUGAUUGUCAUGCAUCCAUUGCCGAGGGUGAAUGAAAUUGAUCCUGAAGUUGACUUUGACUCCCGCCGUGCUGUCUACUUUAGACAGAUGCGCUACGGUCUUUUCAUUCGUAUGGCCCUUCUCAUGAGUGUCCUUCUGUAGAUUGCGGACGCCCAAAAGUAAUAUAAUAUUUAGAAUGUCAACAUGCUUUGUACUACAUAGAAAACAAUUCGCUAGAGGCACAGGGGUUUACUCAUCUCCGGAUGGGAAUGAAAAUGAAUGAGCACAUCAACUAUAUGCAACUAAGAGAAGCUUA